CCGAUUUUCGAAUUGGAAAGCCCUUUCGGGUCUCGGUCCAUAGCUCUCUAAGCGCCUUGAAUAUGGCAGGCUGGGGGGUCACUCUUGUUCUUUGGAUGCUGCUAAGACUGUGUAGUGCAAAUUCUGAUGCGGAUGCUCUCCUCUCUAUCAAGCAGCAGCUGGGUCCUUCAAAUGCAAAUCUCUCUUCUUGGGCUGGAUCCGAUCCUUGCAAUCCUCUGUGGAAUGGCGUCGGAUGUACUGGAAACCGUGUUACAGCUCUGAAUUUGACAGGGUUUGGCUUGAUCGGAAGCUUUCCAGAUGAGCUGGGAAACAUCACAACGCUGGCAGAUCUUGACCUCCAGGAGAACAACAUUACGGGGCCCGUGCCAGAGUCCUUGUCGAGAUUGUCCACACUGAGAUCACUGAACUUAUCUGGAAAUCCACUUCAAGGGAGUUUUCCGAGACCGGUUUUGGAGAUUAGGGGUCUCCUUGAAUUACGUUUGGGAGCUUGUAAUCUGACAGGAGCUUUGCCAGACGAGAUUUCAAGCCUUUCCUCUCUUCACACUUUGCACUUAAACAGCAACAAUCUCACAGGAACUGUUCUAGAUACGGUUGGAAGGCUUUCGCGACUAAAUGAGCUGUCACUCUGGGGUACUGGACUCAAUGCAGAACUUCCAAGCAGCCUUGGCCUCCGGCUGAGAAAUCUAACACUGCUAAACUUGCAUGACUGCGGCUUGCAAGGGCCACUGCCAGCCGAAUGGGGAGGAAACUUUACAAACAUGACGUUCCUGCACUUGCAUAAUAACAAUCUAACUGGCGAAGUCCCAGCCUCGUGGAGCCAAAUGCAGAGCUUGCAAUCCCUGCGACUGGACGCAAAUAUGCUCAGAGGAUAUGUUCCUACAUGGCUUUUGAAUCAUGCCACACCAUCUAACAUAUAUCUAAGGUGCAACUAUUUUUCUGGCCCAAGGCCAGUUCCAUAUCCUAGAGACAGGGUGAGUGGCAACUGUUUUGAUGAAGACGCAUUCGAUAACUACAGAGAUCACGGUCGGCAGUGCCAUCAUGGACCUGGAUGCCGGGACUUCUUUGCAAUAUUUCCACGAUCAUUGCCUCCGCCACCACCAGAAGAACAAACACCAGCUCCUCCACCUCUUUUCUCGAAAUCAAGAUCAAUCGGCUCCGGAGCAAUCGCUGGAAUUGCCAUAGGUGCGCUUGCUGCGAUCAGCAUCUCAAUUGCAGUGCUUAUUCUCUGGAGACACAAGCAAGUUAAGCAACGAGAUGAUGAACAAGAUAGUGGAUCUGAUAUGAGCGAGCCUCUCAGGAACUGGGAGGUUCCUCAGGGAAUAGAAAUGUUCUCGCUGGACCAAAUCUCCAAGGCCACCUCCGGGUUCUCAAAGGAAUGCGAAGUUGGCUGUGGAGGAUUUGGACGCGUCUACCGUGGAAAUCUCGAGGAUGGUCGAACUGUGGCGAUCAAGCAAGCAUCUGCGAAGAGCAAGCAAGGCCAGCGAGAGUUUCGUAACGAGAUCCAGCUGCUUAGCAGGCUUCACCACCGACAUCUGGUGAGACUCCUUGGAUUUUGCCAAAGCGGAAAAAAUCAGGUUUUGGUGUAUGAAUUCAUGGAAAAUGGCAAUCUUCACGAUCGGCUUCUCGGAAAAUACUCUGGUCAGCUUUUGGAUUGUUACCAGCGAUUAGCAAUUGCUGUGGCUGUUGCACAAGGCUUGGAUUACCUUCACUCUUACGCAGAUCCUCCAGUUAUUCAUAGAGAUUUGAAGCCCAGCAAUAUUCUCUUGGAUGGAAACCUUACAGCUAAGAUUUCAGACUUUGGCAUAUCCAAGGUCUCUCCAGAGUUUGACACUCACGUAUCCACAAAACCUGCUGGCACAGCUGGGUAUCUUGAUCCAGAGUAUUUCUUACGUCGGCAGCUUACCACUGCGAGCGAUGUUUACAGCUUCGGUGUGGUGCUGCUAGAACUCAUCACUGGACAGAAAGCCAUCGACCAAAAGAGGCCCGAAGAGUUCAAUCUCAUAGAAUGGGUGAAACCCAGGCUUCGAAACGGAGGGAUAAGGUCAGUGAUAGACAGCCGUAUAGCCGAGAACUUCCCUGAGGAGCAAUAUCUAGCUCUUGCUACCAUAGCCUUGAGAUGCGCUGCGUUUGACAAGAGUGAAAGGCCGUCCAUCAAGACUGUCUUGAGCACAUUGACAGGACUGCUGGCUAAUCUUGAGCAGGAUUACUUUGCUCGUCACAAUAGCAGUCAUGGAUUGGAGACUACCACGGAAGAAUUUAGUGAUAUGUCAAUGUAUUCUGGGAACUUCUCUUCAUCUGGUUAUACAACUUAGCAUUUCCUCAUCUUUCAUUCCUUUUCAUAUAUACAUGGACGAAUCUUUGUACACCA